AUGUCGAAGCUACCUCCUGUGGACAUCGAGUACGGGCUACCUCCGGCUGUUGAGACGCUCCGAAGUGGCUGGAUGUCCACUCUCCAGAGCGGUGCCGUGGUGUCCAGUGUCCUCGCGGGGAUUGAGGCGCAGCUUCUUGUGUUCUACACCGACCCCAAUAACUUCGGCAGACCUGGUGUUCACUCUGCCACCCAGAACGCCGUGAAGAUACUCACCUACGUCGCCUUGGUAUGCAGCAUAAGCGCGACCAUGAGCUCUCUGCUUCUCACCGAUGAGUUCGGGGAGAUGCCGACGCGUUCUGCUCGAUAUAGACAAGGCCGUGCCGAAGGCGGAAUAUUUGCUGGGACAGAUUGGAACUUGCUUAGGGCGUACAAAAUCCGAGCUGGUUCCAAGAUCAUCGUUUAUCACUGGCUCAUUUGCCUCAUCACCGCCUGUCUGUGCACGAUCGCAUCUACAGCCGUCUAUGCGGGGACACAGGAAGUGCUAGUAGUACGGAUCAUUGUGUCCAUUGUAGCUGGGGUAUCCGCAUUGCCUCUCUGUUGGUUCGUGGUUCCUCCUUGA